CCUCGUAGUGUUUUGUUGUUGAAAAAUUUUUCUAUUGGAAAAAAAGGCGCACACGGAAAGAAAAUUUCCUACUUUGCUCAUGUGAAAAAAGUGAACCGUUAAAGUGUUUCAUUAAUUAAAAAAAUUUCCAAAAAAAUCAAUUCUUAUUAAUUUUAUGGAAAAUUUGCCUAAAAAUUGUGAAAAUACAAGAAAAGCUCAAUUUUCUUACAAAAAAAAAAUACCAAUUUUUCGCAACUUUUUUUUUCCAUCUCUUUAAUCGUUUAUUGUGUGUGAAGUGAACAUCAAUUGUGUGCGAUGUUGUGUUAAUAAAAAAAAGAAGGAAAAAUAUAAUUAUGUUUGUUUAAAUUUUCAUAAGCGGAAAUGAGUCAAAUAUACAGUGUAGAAAUGAUGACUGUGUUUUUCCAAAGGAGUUUUCCGUACGCCCAACAUGUACCUUCUUGUCUGUAAAUAUUGCAUGAGAAUAAAUUGAAGGGAAUGUUAUUAAUGGAAAGUUAAAUAGAGUAAAAAUCGCGCACCACCACACAAACGAAAACAAACUAAAAUAAAUAAAAUAAUAAAUUAACGUUUAAAUUGUCCCUCUAAAGGGAAAGAAAAUAAGCAAAAAAGCUAAAAACAAAUUUAAUAUUUAAUAAUGAACUAAAUAACAUGAAAAAUUAAUAAUAAAAGAGAGGAAAAUAAACAAAUAAAUGCGGAACAAAUUAAAGAACUUUAAAAAUAAAGUAAUGAAGUGAAUGGAAUAAAUAAAUCAAAUAAAAAAAAAAUUCUGUCCCAAAAAGGAAAUACAUAAAACUACAAUAGUUUUAUAAGGUAUAACACCCCCCAAAAACAAAAGCUAUGUACAUUAAAAAAGUUUUAAAUAUUUAACAUACAAAAUAAUGGAAACUUUAAAGAAAUUUGAUAAUCCUGGCGAUUGUCAAUCAACCGGUACAGUUUUAAUCGAAACGGGUAAUAAAAAUAAACCGUUAAAACAUGAAAAUCAAAAUGCCCACAUUGAUGGGGCGACACAUGCAAAUUCAGCCACAACUAUACUGAUUAAACAUGCUACAUCACCAACAACGCCUACGGCAACAAAUAAAUUAAAAUCCCAGCAACAACAACAACAGCAGCAGCAACAACAUCAAUUUCGUGCACCACAACAAUUUGUUAAACAUAAGAAAACUUCUACUGCUUCCAACACCAGCAACAAUACGACGUCAGCCCCUGCCACAGCGGCCAACAAAACUGCCGCCAGUUCUAGUCUAAAUAAUAAUAAAAAGAAUAAAUGUUGGAAUAAACGUCAACACAGAUCAGCCAAACAAAACAAUACCACCACCAUCAACACCACCACCAACAGCGCCAUAGCCAACAAUAAUAAUACAACCUCCUCAAACCCAAAUAGCAAUUCGGCUACAAACGCUUUAGUCGCAACAACGGCCACCAUAAGUGUUACGGAAAAUGAAAAUGAAACGAAAACAAAUCUAUCAGUCACAUCAAAAGCCGAUUUGGAAAAUAUACAAAAUCUUAAAAAUCAAGUAGGAGGUCAUUACCACCAUCAUCAUACAACCCAUGCACAACCACAUCAUCAUCAUUAUCCACAUCAUGGUGCUUCCUCCAACACCCUCAAUACCAUUGACACACGUAUGUCAGCCGGUCAAGGUGGUUUUCCACCGUCUUGUCUAACGGUCAUGGCUUCUGAGAAAUUAGGUUAUGGCCAUGGCCAUUGCAAGCAAACACAACAGCAACUGCAUAAAAAGCCAAUAGCCCCUCAUCGUUCUAGUGGAGGUGGUGGUGGCGGCGGUUUAAGUGGCAAUCAUCAUCAUAUUCUCUGUGCUGGCUCAGCCCACAAUACCCUGGGUGCUGGGGGACCCGGAGCGGGCAAUGCUGGUGCCGUAACAGCCUCAAAUCUGACUUGCUGCCACAUUAAUGGCUGUCCCUCGCACAAUGCUAAAGAUGCCAGCUCAGCCAACAAUUCAACGGUGUCCGGUGCUGCUUCAGCUCUACACAUUUGUUGUUUACGUUCGAAAUUCUUUUUGCCGGACAAAAGGCCACGUAAGGGCAAUUUCAUACCACCCACCAAAUUUCUACUGGGUGGCAAUAUAUCAGAUCCCUUAAACUUGAGCUCUUUACAAAACGAGGCCUCCUCGAAUGCCUCUUCGAACAACAAUACACCGGCCACCACACCCCGGCAAUCGCCCAUAACCACACCCCCCAAGGUAGAGGUCAUUAUACCGCCCAAUAUCCAUGACCCUUUGCAUCUCUUGGAUCCCGUGGAUUCCAUGGAAUAUGAAAAACAAUUGACCUCUCCCAUGAAACGUGGCCUCAGUCUGCAAGGCUCUUUGGCCUUGGGUCUUAGGGGAGGCCCAAAUAAAGCGCACAAGCAUAGACAUCGUAAAAAUCGCAAACCCAAACGACGUCGUUACGAUUCCCUAAAUUCUACCACAAGUACUACAACCACCAUCGAUUCAUUGGAUGAACAAACAACUGCUCUGUUGAGCAGUACAAUGAGUACUGAAAAGGGCGUCUCGUUAUCAAUAGAUUUGGAAAAUAUUUGCAACAAACAAGACCCCCACAUCUCCGCCAAUUCGGCGGGUAGUGAAGAUGAAGAGCUAACAGAGAACGAGUUACAUUCACCACAGCACAAGCUCUUAGUUGCUGAAAACAUAAAUAAUUCCAACACUUUGAGCAAGACGACUACAAUUAUUACCACUGCAGCUAAUGCUGCUGUUGUAGCUUCCACUGUCGCCAUUGACGCUGCCACACCAGUCACUGCCACUGAGAACAAUUGCAAAAUCAAAGAAGCAGAUCAACAACCUACAACUCCCCCCCUACAGUUGCCAGCCCAACUCCAGGAACUACCACAGCAAAACCAGGAAAUUACAACUGUUGAUGUGACAAGUGUUGGUUCCCUAAAAAACACAAACACCAUCACCACCAGCAACAAUAGCAACAAUAAUAAUGCUGCCGCUAAUACAGCAACUGUACUACCAGAUGUUGCUGUUGCCAGAGAACGCGCAUGUCGUGAUUUGCGUUUGGAUUUAGUAUCCACCACAACUUGUAGUGGCAAUACCAGCACAACAUCAUGUGGUAGCUCGGUGGCAAGUGGUGCAGGUGGUAGAAAACGCAAAAUCAGCGAGAGCAACUCUCAAAAGAGCAAGAAAUAUUUCCGAGUUGAUUCCAUGGACAAAAUAGUUAGCCCAGUGGUGCCACAACCCGGUGCUUGGAAGCGACCACCUCGAACAACUGCUACAGGAGCACGGAAAUCUCAACGUCGAUCUACUUCAAUCAGUGAAACCACUCUAACCGAUCUAAGUCCCUUAGAGGAAUCAAGCAAACUGCUGGUAGAGGAAAUACCCCGUGAUGAUACACCCGAAUUGGCCAAAGUAGAAAUAUUUGCAGAAACUGGUGUUCUGUUGGGCAGUCCUUUAAGUACUGCCUCUGUGGCCACCUCCACAGCUACCGCUGAGCCGGAACCAAUAAGCGAGCCGACAACCGAAGCGGUCGAUACCAAAAAUGCUUUAAUUCUAGCGGAAACGGUUAAAAAAGAAAUUAUUUCCUCAGUCGUUUCCCUAAAAUCUCUACCCAAAUUCCCAGCCGAUGGUAAACAAUAUCGUUAUGGCAACUAUGAUCGUUAUGCCGGCCUCAGGCAUCUCAAUGAAUUCAUGGACAUACGUUUGCAAGUGUUUUUACAGUAUCCCGAGCUGUUCAAAAACAAAGAUAUCUUGGAUAUAGGCUGUAAUGUGGGUCACAUGACAAUUUCAGUGGCUAGAAAAUUGGCACCCAAAUCUAUAUUGGGUAUAGAUAUUGACAAGGAGUUGAUAGCUAGAGCUAGGCGCAACCUGGCCAUGUAUGUGCGUAUACCACAUGAAAUGUUAAAAAAAGAAUUGUUGGAUGCUAGUGAGUUGUUGGAAACAACAAAUACUUCGGAAGUUAAGCAGAAAAAGGGACGUAGAAGGCGCAAAAAGAAAAAGCAACAAAUGCAACCACAACAACAACAGCAAAUGCAGCAGCAAAGAGAUCCACAACAACAACAACAACUACAUAAUCAUCAUCACCACCAUGGCCAUGGCAACUAUGAGCAUUGGCAACAAUUCCAACAUCACUUACUGCACUAUCAUCUGCUGCAUCAUCAUCACCACCACCAUCAUCAUCAUCACUUGUAUUUGCAGCAGGAGAAUUCCAAUGUGGAUGCCUCCGAUUUCUUUCCUAUAUCAUUUCCACUCACCUACGGUGGCAUAACCGCAACAUCUUCCGCACCCUCCUGCGCCAACAAUUUCACUUCCAACAAAGCUUCUUCUAGUCCCCAAAAUAUUGAAUCUCAGUCACCUGCUUCUACGUCCACCACAACCCUCAGUACACCCGGUCAUCCGGCCACAUCGACGGCCAGCCACAAGGCCAACACCACCCACUCCACAUCGACGCAUAAGCUUAACCAGUCCAAAACGAAAAACGACUUUCCCCACAAUGUCUUCUUUCGUCAAACGAACUAUGUGCUAAAAGAUGAAUCUCUGCUGGCCAACGACAGCCAGCAGUAUGAUCUCAUUUUGUGUUUGUCUCUCACCAAGUGGAUACAUUUGAAUUUUGGUGAUGCUGGCCUAAAGUCGGCCUUCAAGAGAAUGUUUAAUCAGUUGAGGCCGGGUGGCAAGCUGAUAUUGGAGGCCCAAAAUUGGGCGAGCUAUAAGAGAAAGAAGAAUUUAACGGAGGACAUUUACAAUAAUUAUCACAAUAUCGAAUUCUAUCCCAAUAAAUUUCAUGAAUAUCUGCUGAGUUCCGAAGUGGGCUUUAGUCACAGUUACACUUUGGGCAUUCCAAAACAUUUGAGCAAAGGAUUUAGUCGUCCCAUACAGCUCUAUGCCAAAGGUGAUUAUACACCCAAUCAUGUGCGCUGGUCCGAUGCCUACUAUCCGCAAACACCAUUUGAAGCGUACCGUGGCAUCUACGCCACAAUGCCGCCACGACCCACGGGCUUACAAUCAUCCUACCCCCUCAUCUCCUCCAGCAGAUCACAAAACUACGAUACACCGCAUUAUUCAGGCGGUGGUGGCGCAUCGGGACCCUACAGUUGCCGUCAAACACCCAUGCAUCAGCCAUCAACAUCACAAUACUACAAUCCCCUGGAAUCGGAUUCGUAUCAACCCUCCUACGACAUGGAAUAUCUAAAUCACAUGUACGUCUUCGCAUCACCGCUCUAUCAAACCGUUUGGUCACCACCGACCAGCAUGCGCAAAAGCUCUUCGCACACACCCGCCUUUGGCAGUGUACGCGAUGCUGAAUUCGAGAGUGAUGGCAAUGCUAUGGCCGGUGGCAGUUAUCAUCGGCAUGUGUAUCCACCCAACGAUGAUACGUCAUCGCCAAAUGCUAAUGCCAUUAAUGCUUUUAAUUCCAUACGUGAUCCCGAUACAGAUGAUUCGAAUCAGCAGGGACCCCAUGUCUAUGCGACGAACUGUGGUGAAAAUUCAUCAUCACCACAUCCCAAUACGAAUCCAAAUGAUACGGAAGCUAUAGAGGAGAGUUUAAUGUUAGACGAUGAUAGAUGUGAUUUAAGCGAAGCUUAAGAUAUAUCAGUUUUAAACAAAACAAAGAAAAGAAAAUGAAAGUGUAAGUUUAUCAAAACAGCAGGAGUGGGUGGUUGGUAUUUUAAGGUAAAAGCUCUAAAGUCUUUUAAAAAUGGCUUAAAAAGUUAUUAUUCAGCAAACAAUUUCGAAUAUCAAACGUCCAUUUCAGUUUCUAAUUGAAAGUCUUGUUAAAAACUACAGCUAAAAGCUAAGAAUUAGAGGAAUAAUUGUUAAACCAAGUCUUUACCUUAAAGAGCCAAACCAAAAAGUACCACAAAACAAUUUAGGCCAGUAAAUUUUUAAUGAAAAAAGGACUAAACUUUAGAAUGUAGGACAAUGAACUGAAAAUUUCAAAAAAAAUUUAAAUUUAUAAGGCGCUACAUGAGACUUUAUGAUACAAUUUCGCUAUUUGAGGUAAUAAAAAGGUCAAAGGUUACAAAAAAAAACUGCUAAUGAUGACCCUUAAAUGACAAUCACCCCUAUCAAUAUUUCACAUGAAAUAUGUUACCUUUUCCCAUUUUUCAACUUUUUUUUACCUGGAAAAUUCCCCAAGUUCAUUCACUAUUCACCCCUAUUGCAAAUCAUUAUUUCACAUGAAAUAUGUUCCCAUUUCCCAUUUUUCGUUCAUAAACUUUGUUCAUGUGAAAAAAUUUCCCAUGUUGUGAAAUUUUUAGAUGAAAUUUUGUAAACAAUAAACAGCUGCUACGAACAAAAUCAACUAUUGUGAAUGAAAAGUUUAGGGGAAUAUCACGAUAGCAAUUUUCCCUUCGAGGGAAAUGGAUAUUUCAUGGGAACAUAAAUUUCACAUGUUUUUCACGAUAGGGGUGAUUGUGAAUGAAACGUUCAUGGGAAUAUCACGAUAGCAAUUUUCACUUCGAGGGAAAUGAAUAUUUCAUGGGAACAUAAAUUUCACAUGUUAUUGCCGAUAGUGGUGAUUUUAUAAAAGUUCAAAUUCGCAAUAAUUUAUGCAAAUAUGCGAUAUUUAAUUUUUCAAUUUAGAAAUCGGUCAAGGGUGUUGAAAUUUAAACACUAAUUAAAAAGCCUGAAUUGCUUUGAAAUUACUAGAUUUCUGCGUAAAAUAAUUUCACCCCAAGACCUGAAUAUGUUUUUUAUGAAAAACCCAAAAUUAUGCAAAUAUUUUCUUCCUUUUUAGAGGAACAGCCAGUUAAUAAGCAAAAUUGAUUAUUGAAAGAACUAUUAAAAUGUCUGCUAUUAUAAAUUGUAAAGUUUGUUAAGUCCUGAACGAUUAUUAAUAAUUCACAAUAGUUUUUAGUUGCGGAAUAGAGCUAAUAUGUUGUGGUAUAAUUUGUUUGCUAUUUCAUUGCUAAAAAUAUUAUAUAAUCACUAAAAAACCUAAAAUUUCUUUUAUUCAUUAUUAUUUGGAUCUAUUUUAUCCAUUAAUUUAAUAUUUAUUGUGUUUUUAUGUCUGAUUUUUUUAUUUGUUUACAAAUGAAAAGGUAAACAAACGCACAGUUGCAUUUUUGUUAUUUCAAAAUGUUGCCAUAUUUAUGGCGUUUUUCUUUGUCGGAUGGUAUCGUUUCUUAAAGUUUAACCUCAAAUUCGCACAAUUUUUAAUUUUUCAUGAACAAAACUGUGCUUUUUUAAAGUUUAUGCAUCAGCUUUUUUUUAAAAUAAAUAAUAAAUUUUGUCAUUUCGUAACACUACCCUUUUAGGGUAUUUCAAACGAAUUUUCACAUUAUUUGUUGGUCAUUUAGCAUAUCAAUUUUAAGAUCAAUCUUAUUAAAAAAGAUUUGACAUGAAUCGUGGCUAUUUUAUCAAACUAAAUUUAACAUCAAUUUAAAAUCAAUGUAUCAUUUAGCAGACCAAAUUUAAUAUCUAUCAGGUAUUAGUAGACCAAACUGAACAUCAUACAAAAUGAGACCUAAAAUAUUCACAAUUCAUGUUAAAUAUAGUCAGGCCUGUCACACAAUUCGCUCGGAAUAGUUUCUAUGCCAUAGUUAUUAUUCCGAUCGAUUUUGUUUUAGCUUCUUCAGAUACCAUUUGAAUUGGUUAAUUCCUAAAAUAUUUAGAAAUUCGGUUUUACAAAUUUUAAUUUGUCAACGUUUUGUAUAUUAAAACAAAAGUUAAGUUUAGGGUAAAGAAAUUUAUAAAAAAAAAUUGAGAAAUCAAAUAAUUACAAACAAAUAUCAAUUCCGCUUUAAUAAUUAAAAGUGGUUUCAUUCCGAAAAAAAAUGUUCCCUUUACUUUUUCUGCAGGAAAAGGUAUUGAAUUCUGUGAAAGGGGGGAAUAUCUCUUUAUUAGAGUUACAAUUAAACGAAUUAAAGAUUCCUAUUUCUGUUCAUAAACUGAAUUUGAAAGCAUUAAUCGAUUUCUAUGACCUUUGACCUUCAACCUUAAAUAGCGUAUAUGUGAUUUACCAUGACUUUUAAACCCUUAUUUUUAAUGUACAAAUUUUUAGUUCCCUUUAUUACAUUCUAUCAAUAAAUCUAUUCUUUUUUUAACUGGCCUAAAUACAACCAAUGUUAUAAACUCUUGUUAUAACAUAAAUAAGAGAGAAAAAAGCUUUUAAGACAAAGAUUUAAAACAACCAGAUUUAAAAAUUAAAACGCUUAUUAGUAUUUUUGUAAUAAAUAAAAAACAAAUUAAAAUAUUUACAAAAACAAACCAUAGCAAUUAUAAUAAGGAACUUUUGAUUUAAAAAAAAAAAACAAUUUCUUUUACAAUAUGAAAUACGAAAAAUCCAGGAGGAAAUGCAUAGAACAAGGAUUUGUCAGAAAAGAUUUUAAUUAAAUUUAAUGUACAUUGAAUAACUUACGAUUUUCCAAAUAAGAUUUUCUAAAAAAUCUAAAAUCUGGACUAAUCUAUAGUACAGACACUAGACUAAUCUAUAGUCCCGACCGUAGAUUAAUCUAUGAUACAAGCUGUAGCCUAAUCUAUAAUAAAGACUAGACUAAUCUGUGGUCCUGACUAUAAACUAAUCUAUAGUCCAGACUCCAGACUAAUAUAUAGUCCAGACUAUAGACUAAUCUAUAGUCCAAACUCUAGACUAAACUAUUGUCCAGACUAUAGAAUAAUCUAUAGUCCAGACAAUAGACUAAUCUAUAGUCCAGACUCUACACUAAUCUAUAAUACAGACUAGAUUAAUCUAUAGUUCAGACUAUAGACUAAUCUAAAACCAUAAAACGUUUAUUGUAAAUUUCAUUAACACCGAAGAUGACAUAUCAGAAAAUUGGUCUGUGUUACAGGUUAGAUUUAGAGGUGUUAGUUGGAAAUAGUCAGAAAAUCUAUAAAAUAUAUUAACAUUUUGAGUACGAAAACAAUUUCCUGAAAAUCUUGCUAAUUUCUAUGCGUUUUGUCAGGGAUUUCCAAAAAAAUAAGAAAUUGUCCAAGAAAAUUUGUGGUAAAAAGAUUACAAAAUGGCGGAAAUAGAUGCAGUUAACUAAGUGUAGUGUAGGGUGGCAGCUCUGUACGACAUUUGCAUAAAAAAACCGUUUGACAUAAAGCAAUGAUGCCAAGUAGAGCUUUUUUAAACGCUAAACUGCAUUUUCCUCCAAAAUAUUUUUCUUACAAAUCUUUUUCAACAAUUUUUCUUGGUUUUUAUUACUGAGCAAUAGUGUAAAAUUCUUUAUUAACUCUAUAUUCAUUUUUAAAAAGAAUAACAACAACAUUAUUAAUUUAUUUACAAGUUUUCAAGCCAGAUUAUGUAUAAAAUUAGUGUGUAAAAAUCAUUGAAAAAAAGAAAACCAUAAAUACCACAUAAUUUUAGCAAUAUUUAUAUAUAAAUAUUUAAAUAAUUUCUAAUUUUUUUAUGGAUAUAUUUUAUUUAUGUUGUCCAUAUAAAAACAAAAAAGGAAAGCCGGGGUUAAAAACAAAACAAACAAACAAAUUAAACAAAAAUAUUUUAUAUAAACAUAUUUAUUUGUUUCUAUAUACUUGGAAAUAUAUACAAAAACUAUAUAUUAUAUACAAACACAAAAACCUUAAGGCUAUAUACAAGACCUAUUUGUAAUAUGAAGAUAAUUAAAAAUUUAUAAAGAAAACAAAUAAUCAAUCGCCAGAUUAAAAAAACCACAAAAAGUUUAGAACCACUUUCAAAAUUGUUUAAAUUUUAUAAUUUUAAUGUUAUCAGUUGCUAAAAAACUAAACUAUUGCUAAUGACAUGUAAAGAAAUUAUUUGCAAAAAUAAUAAAAUUGUAAAAGUAAUUAAAAGAAUUCUAAAUUUGUAAAAAACA